AUGGCUUCUUGGCUUGAUAUCGUUGACGGCCCAUCAGGCUGGACCUUGGUGGACACGGGCAGGCUAGAGACGUUGCUACAGUCGAUGAGCCAUCCCAAGACUCAAUUCCCAGUCCUGAUUCAUUUUGCUGGAAACAACAAUCGAGUCAAAGCGCUUCGAGCCUUAUUCCCUCGCAACAAUGUGACGCGCAAAGGUCCGGCAUCCUUUGCGCGGCUGCACGUCAGCACCGAGACUGCCAGUACACAGUAUCCGGUCUUGUUCGCAGAGAGCCGCAUGGGUGGUAGCACGGACCCUUCUGGCACAACAUCGUAUUGGCACUCAAAUCCCAAUGUUGAGCGAUACCCACUUCCAGCGGACUGCUCGAAAUUAAAUGUGUACCGCGAUGUGAUGUCCCAGAUCAUCUUGCCAUGGGCCCAUAUUCUUUGUCUGUUCAUAGAUAGCCAUACAGAAAUGCAAGAGUGCUUCAAGCUUCUUAGUCAGCCUUUUCGCAGAAUACAAGUGGGCUCUCACUCUAUUUCCCAGUUCAUGCGAGUCAUAUUCAUCUUCACCUCUCCUCGAAAUUAUGACUUCUUGGGUGAUGUCAUGUCGAGCCACCAAGAUCCAGCUUAUACCUAUCUCAACCUACAAGAUCGAAGUGAACUGUCGCCAGAAGCAAGAUACGAACCACUAAGAAAUCUACUGCUCGACAAGCUCCAAACGAUUCGGGCAGAGCAAAGUGAGCAUGGUUUGUCAUUGUCAGCUACGCAUAUGUGCUUUUUGUGGAAAAAAAGCCUUCAGUCGAAACUUGAAAAGCUCGAAAUAGGCCCGUUGAACUGCCUCCAUAUUGCACGGGAAGGGUUCCCAAAAGAGUCGAGCAAAGCCCCCUAUCUGGCUGAAUUUCUGAAAGUAGCUCUUGCGGGCCAGCAUGAUGUAAGGAAGAUCUACGAGUUCAUUGCUUCGGCUUUUUUGAUGAAUGCAUAUCCACCUGACAUGCAUCGUUUUGAUCCGCUUUAUGUUUUCGAAGAAUUAUACAAAGACGAUUUCACAGCUGCCCUGGAGAAGCGAGCAGACCUUGAAACAGACAGCUGUUGCGAUGCAGUCAAGGCUGAAUUCACCAGACUGUUCACCAUGAUGAACCCGGCACGGUCAUCAGCGGGGAUUCGACGGGAGGUCUUAAAUAGGUUCUUCAACGAACGAGAAGGUCUUUAUUCACUCACAGCAUGCUUGUUUUGUAUGAGCAAAGUUCCAGAGCACGUGCUACCCUGCCGCCACGCCAUUUGCGAUGAUUGCAUUGUGAUAUUUGGCUCAAAGAGCGCAGCCGCUGAGUACCACCAUAACAUCACGCAGUGUCCGAUGUGUAUCACGAGGUUCCAAUUCUCCGUGCGCCUAUUACCACCAACCAAAGGCCCAAAUCUGCUUAGUCUCGAUGGAGGUGGAAUUCGUGGUAUUCUGCAACUCGGCCUACUUCGGGUCCUGGAAAAGCGACUCGGCGGGAGCAUUCCCAUUUGGUCCAUAUUCGACUUGUGUACAGGCACGAGCGUGGGUGCGCUCAACACCAUUGAUCUGAUUCUCAACAAAUACUCGGCCACAAAAACCUUUGAGCGGUUUCCAAGUCUCGCGCAAAAAGUCUUCAAUCUCCCUUCAAGCCCGUUCCGGACUAUGAAAUGUCUGGCGUGGGUUUCGAUAUUGAAAGACCUUAUUUUGGACGGUAGGUAUGAUGAGGAAGUUUUGGAGCACACGCUUAAAGAUGCUAUCGGGUCUGAUCGCCGCAUUUUUGACGGCAGCACAACCCAUGGUGGUGGAAGUCGGGUGGCAAUCAUCACCAGCCGGAUAUCGGAUGGCAAAGCUUGUGUUCUUGCAAACUACCAAGGUACUGGUCGACAUCCCGGCAACGAAUCUUCCUACGAAUUUCUCAGCCCUCAAAGCUGGGAAGAGAAUCCACCUUUGUGGAAAGUAGCGAGGUGUAGUGUUGCUGCCCCAUGGUUUUUUCAGACCAAAAAUCUUCCAGGCUUCGGUCCACUGCAAGAUGGAGGUGUGCGGGCAAACAAUCCGCUCUCCAUUGCCUUAGGAGAGGCUGUCGUCAUUUGGCCCACGAAGACGCGACAUGAUUUACUAGUCUCGGUGGGGACCGGAUAUACUAGGCCUGAAGGCAGUGACGGAAACCCCUUGAUCCGUGGUAUCUUGAAGGAUGGAGCUAUUAGCCGUAUGAUCCGUGCGAUGAUGUCAUCCCCAGCAAUGGAUGGCGAGCAGGCAUAUCUUGAGGCACUCAACUAUGUCCCGGAUCAUAUGAGAUCCAACAUCUAUCGGCUAAACCUUCCGCUGUCCGGACCUCUACCACGACUGGACGACGUGGGCAAAUUAAUCGAGCUGGGGAGAUCGUCGUUCGAGGUGCCGGAUACCCUUGUUCGCGCAAUCCUGGUGACUGGUUUGUUCUUUUUCGAGCUGGAUGAGAAUCCGAAAGCAGAAGAAGGGUCAAUUCACUGCCGGGGAUCAGUUCUCUGUGCAAGCCCACAGCCCAGAAAAGCGGUGGAGAGGGUGUGCGCAGAGGUACCCCAUGCUGAAAUUCGAAUGCAGGGAAAGUGCUCACUAGGAUCGAUUGAAGAGUCUCAUAUAUGCAGUAUGUGCAAUUAUUAUCGCAAGGUCAUCUCGUUCACGGUCAAAAGUCUAGAUGAGGUCUUCACCCUUGAAGUUGUCAAUUCUUCAUUUCAGCAGAAGAUCGGGGGGUUCCCCACCUCUGUAAAGCGUCUUCUUCGUCAGCAGCAUGCGGGAAACUACUUUGGUCGUGUGGAUCAUUUGAGUGGCACUUGGCCACCAGAAAGAAAAUGCUUCUGUUCGCGAGGGUCCAAAAGGCGCAUCGAGAUUGUUGAGCCUCCCGCCGAGUACAAGAAAAGACGGCUUUGA